ACCUCUGCGAGCGAAUCGAAUCAUCAUCCCCUUCCCCAAAAAGGCCCCACCGCGCCGCGCCCCCAAAUCAGCCGCAGCAUCGAUGGCGCCUAAGGCGGAGAAGAAGCCGGCGGCGAAGAAGCCAGCGGAGGAGGAGCCCGCGGCCGAGAAGGCCCCGGCGGGGAAGAAGCCCAAGGCGGAGAAGCGCCUCCCCGCGGGCAAGUCCAGCGCCGGCAAGGACGGCGAGGGCAAGAAGGGCAAGAAGAAGGCCAAGAAGAGCGUCGAGACCUACAAGAUCUACAUCUUCAAGGUGCUCAAGCAGGUGCACCCGGACAUCGGCAUCUCCUCCAAGGCCAUGUCCAUCAUGAACUCCUUCAUCAACGACAUCUUCGAGAAGCUCGCCGGCGAGGCCGCCAAGCUCGCCCGCUACAACAAGAAACCCACCAUCACCUCCCGCGAGAUCCAGACCUCCGUCCGCCUCGUUCUCCCCGGGGAGCUCGCCAAGCACGCCGUCUCCGAGGGCACCAAGGCUGUCACCAAGUUCACCUCAUCUUAGAUAGGUUGCCGUGCUUGGUGGUGCUGGUGCUAGUUUGGUUGGGUGUGGUGGUGCUAGUACUGGCUCGCUCACAGUUUAUCUGGUAGCAGUAUUAUAUUGUCAUCAGAACUGUUGGAUGGAAAUGGAAAUGGAUGGCUAGUAUGUAGUUGGGUUAAUUGUGCUAGUGCUUUCGAUAUGCUGCCCCCUAAUGGAUCUGGAACGGCAAUGGUGCCUGUUCUAUUAAUAUGUUCCUCUGUUCAAUUGUAUUGUUACUCUGAUUUUGCUGUGCUUUUUGGCUACUUUAUGUGGUGAUGAACUGAAUGACAAUUCUGACACAA